GUGGGGGGUGUGGCCACAUACCGUCACUUCUGUAUAUAUGGGGGCACACAAGGAGCUGAGCCUCAUCCCCCGAAACCGAGGACUUCCUCCAGAUCACUACAGGAGCAGAGAAACCAUAACCUCAGACAUGAAAGUCUUGGCUCUGGCCGUGCUCAUCCUCGCCAUCAGCGGCCUGGAAGCUGGCGUUGUGAAGAGAGAAGUCCCGAACGCCGAGCAGGUCUCGGAGUUCUUUAAUUCCUGGUUUGAGACCCUCAAAACCAACGCGGAGGAAUGGGCCAAGAAGAUCCAGAAUGGAGAGAUCCAGGCUCAGGCCGGGCAAGUCCUUGAACAGACCAAAACCCAGACUGAACCAAUCAAGGCCGAGCUCGAGAAGUUUUUCGCCACAAUCCUUGAAGCUGGAAAGAAGAUUGCUAGCUGAGUCCGUAGUUCCCGAUCCGCCGCACCCCUCUAAUCCCACCCAUCAUAUCUUUUGAUACCAUGUGACUGUGUCUAGUGUGAUGUAUUAAACGUUGGUCUGUUCCCA